GUUUCCGAUCUUGAUUGCGCGAUUAAAUGGUGUACAAUGAUUAAUUAAACAUAAUCAACGUAUUCUCGAUGCGUUUUAUUCGAAAUUUUUUUCCAUUAUCGAUAGAAUGUACCUAACCUAAUUAAAUUUGACAUAUGCUCGUCGUCGCGGUAAAAGAAUCCCAAUGAAGAAUGGCGUUUCCACCACUAGUUAGUUCUACACCCCCUCCUCUGGAUAAUUUUGGAGAUUCAGAAGAAGAUGAAUUUGGGGAUUUUACAACUGGAGGCAUAGAUGGUUUAUCUGUAUCAUCAGAUUCACCACACAAACUUGUAACACCGAUACAAACACCUUUAUCAUCUCAAAAUACCUCACCAAAAGUAAAUGGCAUUCCAGAAACUUCUGAUAAUUCUCAAACAACCAUUGUUUCAAAACCAACAAUUGCAGAAGAUCUUUUAAUUCUCGAGAAGAUAAAUGACACAGUGAGUGACAUUAAACUGAAGACAAAAGUAGAGAAUGUUGAUGAAAUAAUAGCAGAAGUAGCAAAUGAUAACAAAAAAAGUUCAGAAAAUGUUAAUAAUAACAAUAAGGAAGACAGUUUGGGAAGGGGGUGUUUCGGUGGAGUUGGUAUGGUCAGUGAAGGCAGUAAUUUUGGAGAAAGUGAACAGGAUGCUUCACCUAAUCAUUUAGAAGAUAUAGAGCCUUUAAGUUUAGAUUUAGGAGAUCCAACUGCUGCUCCUGAAACAACACAGUCAAUAGAUGAGGUUUUUUAUGAGUAUGAACAAUUCGAGGCUCCACAAAAUUGGGUUCCAAACAAUGAUAUGUCAAAUGUUUAUAAAGCAGAUUAUUUUAAAUUUAAAGAAACUGAAGAUAUUUCAAAUAAUGUGAACAGUUUAAAUAAAGAUUCUAAUGUAGAUGAUAAGAAAGACUUAAGUUUGGAUUUUGAAGAUUCUAUUGAAAAGUCAAAAUUGGAAGCUCAAUUUGUAGAAAAUCUAGAUGUGCCUAAUGAAAAAGAAGUCUUUGCAUUUGAAGUUAAUAACUCAAAAUUCGCAAACUCAGUUGAACACUCAAUUUUUUAUGAUCCUGUAAAGAAAAAUCUUCUAAACGUUGAUGAUUCAAAAUACAAGUUUUUACCCAAAAAUCAAAUGGAAAACGAAAUUGUCAAGGACAUCUAUCAGUUUUCUAAGAAUGAAAAUGUUCAAAUUAAGAAUGAUUUUCCAUCUUCUGCACCACUGCCAGAUAUUUCCAGGUGUUCUAGCGAAGAAUUUGGUGACUUCAAGUAUGAUUCUAUAUUGGAAACUUCUAAUGCUAUUCAGGUUGAGUUUCCUGAUUAUUCAGUAGAAACCAAUAAGGUGAAAGGCGAAACGUUGGUUCAGGAUGAUGAUUUUGGCGAUUUCACUAAUUUUUCGGAGCAAACGCAAUUUGUAAAGCCUGAUGAAACAAAUGUACCUGAUAAAGAUAACGAUGUCGAUGAUUUUGGGGACUUUAAUGAUUUUGAAUCAGCCUCUGAACAACCUGUAGUAGAACAACCACAGAUUAACUUGAAAGAAUCAAUUUGUCAGAUAGAAAAUAAAAAUGCUGCUAACAAAAUAGAGGACAUUAUAACAACAAUGUUUUCUAUGGAUUCAGUGCAAUGUGAGAUAGAAAUACAAUCAUUGAUAAGCCAGGUAGAUAAAGUCUGGCAGAGUAUAAAAAAUGUUGAGGAAACAAAUGCUUUGACAUAUCAAUGGGCAAAUAGUUCCAGUAACAAUGUAUUGUUAAAUUCUCUUGGCAUUGAUUCACGUAAUAUUUUAUUUGGUCCAAGAUGGAAUCCAAAUGUCCCCAGAUUUGCUGCUAAUCUUGGUUUUACUCCAUUGGAACCAAUCAAAGCCACAGCUGAUCCCCAACCAGCUGUUACAUCAAAUAUCAAUAAAACUCAAACUUCAACCAACUUAGAAGAAGUACCUGCUGCUCAAUUCGAUUGGAAUAGUUCGGGGCUUGUUAAUCCCUUAGAAGCUAGUGGUGGGUUAUCUGCUCUUCUACCUCUGGACUUUUUGUGUCCUUUCGAUCCUCUACUAACAUCCCACAGCUCCACCAACUCUGAAUCCUAUCGUCGACCGAGUAGCACAAGGAAUCCUAUUAAUCAUCAUGUCCCAGAUAUAAACCGAGAACGUUGCAAUUCGGUGUCCAAAGUGGAGACGAUAGACCCUUUGGAAAAUGAAGUUAUGAAAUCACAGAAACGUUCACAGCCUUCGAAGAUGAUCGAGCCUCUGCCAGCCCCUCGUGUAUCAGAGUGGAAGAGAAGAACGGACCUUGAUCUAGGGCAAAGAAAGAGUACAGGUGUCCAGAGGAAUAUUUCAAUGGAAAAGCAAUACACAACCGAGAGACAGUAUUCAUGUACCGAUAGACAGUAUUUGUCCACUGAAAAGUCAACUUUAGGAGACUAUCGUAGCAAGUCUGUGAACAAGAGAUCUGGAUCAGAACACGUGGUGAUGGACAGAUAUGGUCGAGUAAUGCCUAUUCAACCGGAAACAUCUAGAGUAUUAAACCGAUUACCGGAUUUGUCAUUCCUGAGCGCUAGAACUUUAAUGCUUGAUCGCGAACACAAGCAGAUCACUUGCGAAAUGGGUGUUAUAAGUCGUAAGAUGCCCGGCUGAGUAACGUCGGUCUGAGCGCGAGUUUGAAAGGUCAAGAACAUUUUCGAUGGAUAUCUCUGUCCUCUGUGGACGCAUCGACGAGACGUACAAACGAAGCAGAAACGACGUUCCGUAUUAAACCUUUCAAACCCGCGCUUGGACCGACCUUCGAUCCUAACCUAUUUCCCCCUGAAGAAACACCGACUGAUAAAGUAUUCUGUACUUUCUAUUCAAAAAAAAUACAAAAGAGACUCUGUAUGGAGUGUACUGAAUAGUGGAUGUCUACAGUACACUCUGAAAUACAGAUUUUCUAUCAUUUUUGCACGAUAAGAUGGUGACGUAGAACAUUUUCAUUUUGUUCACGCAAUGGAGUCACGA